GAAAAGCAACAAAGCACAACGGAAGCUGGGGCAGCCAUGGCGACCACCGUCAUAACAAGCUCCCGCGCCGGUAGCCGGUUUCGCAGCGUACGUGCCACUCUCACACCCACAAUGCCGACUGACAGGUAAGCUAUAUAUACGCCUGCCCGCGGACUUGAGCUACAUCUGCAAACCACUUCAAACCAAGAAACCUCCUCUAGUCAGCUUUAAUCCUCGCAACGUUCGAUUGUUAAUUAUAUGAUGGCGGAGGCCAAGGCGGUGGCUCCUGCGGUGGGGGCGAGUCCGGCGGAGGAGGGGAGGAGCAUGACGGUGGAGGCGAGUCCGGUGGAGGAGGGGAGGAGCGAGACGGUGGAGGCGAGUCCGGUGGAGGAGGGGAGGAGCAUGACGGUGGAGGCGAGUCCGGUGGUGGAGGGGAGGAGCGAGACGGUGGCUGCUGCGGUGGAGGCGAGUCCGGUGGUGGAGGGGAGGAGCAAGACGGUGGUGCUGGUCGCCGUGGACGACAGCGAAGCAAGCUACCGCGCGCUCGAGUGGGCCGUGCGGCACGUGGCGGCGACGGCCGGCAUGGCCGGCGCCGGAGCGGUGGAGCUCGUUGUCAUCCACGCCAAGCCGCCCACUUCCACCGCCGUCAACAUGGGCGGCCCCGGCGUGGCCGGCGACGUGGUGGGGUUGGUGGAGGCCGACCUGCGCAAGAAGGCCGAGGGCGUCGUCGACAAGGCGCGCAGCCUCUGCGCCGCCAACUCGGUGCAGGGCGUGGUGGAUGUGGUCGACGGGGAGCCGAAGCACGUCCUGUGCGACGCCGUCGAGAAGCACCACGCCGAUCUGCUCGUCGUCGGGAGCCAGGGCUACGGCGCCAUCAGGAGGGCAUUGCUCGGGAGCGUGAGCGACUACUGCGCCCACCACGCGGACUGCUCCGUGAUGAUAGUCAAGCAGCCCAAGUCCAAGAACUGAUCGCCAUUUCCGCUGUUGGAUCGAUCGUGCCCAGUUCCACUGUUGGAGUUGUGCUGUUUGUGUGCCUACACAAUGUAUCCCUACUUAAUGAUUUCUACUCCCAACGUGUGUACUCUCUUUUUUAUUUACUCUGCAUAUUAGCAGUUGAGCUUUGUAAACUUUGAUAAAAUUUAUACUUGAAGAAAAUCAACAUCCACUAUGCUCAA